CCCUAGCGAUUUCCGGAAAGAUGCGGAUUUCAGCUUAGGCCUGGGCGGGAUGGAGAGCCUCCUCUGACCAGCGAUCGCCACUGAGAGCCCUGGUCUUCAGGGGUGGGGCGUCCGGGACACUCAGGAUUGGCCCGUCGGGAGCCGCCUCCCGUCGUGCACCGGGGCACCGGCGACUCACCCGGAAGGAGAAGCCGGUAUCGGACUAUAUGGUGCGGUGCUGGUGGUGUCGCUGUGGAGAGCUGCUGCUGCUGCUCUCAGGUGAAAGGAGUGGGUUACCGACUGAAAAAUGAGAACAGCUGCUUGAUGGACGGGACAGGUUUUCUGUCAGGCGGAAGAGCUUCCUCGAACACCUGUGGGUAUUUAGGAAGGCGAGGUUUUAGAAUUGCUGUCUGUUGACACCAAAGGCUCAAGAACGAGAGCCAGCCCGCAUCAUUUGUUGGCAGUACAUAUUGGCUGGAGUCAGUUUUCAUUUCAAGAUGUGCCCUUCCCAUGGGCUUGUGGUAUAGGAUGUUGGAGAACCAAGACCUGGAGGAGGUGAUCACAGUUCGAGUUCAGGACCCCAGGGUGCAGAAUGAAGGCUCCUGGAAUUCUUACGUGGACUAUAAGAUAUUCCUCCAUACGAACAGCAAGGCUUUUACCGCCAAGACGUCCUGUGUGCGGCGGCGCUACCGUGAGUUUGUGUGGCUGAGGAAGCAGCUGCAGAGGAACGCCGGCUUGGUGCCUGUUCCGGAGCUUCCUGGGAAGUCCACUUUCUUUGGCGGCUCCGAUGAGUUCAUUGAGAAGCGACGUCAAGGUCUCCAGCAUUUCCUUGAAAAGGUCCUACAGAGCGUGGUUCUUCUGUCAGACAGUCAGUUGCAUCUCUUCCUCCAAAGCCAGCUCUCGGUGCCCGAGAUUGAAGCCUGUGUCCAGGGCCGGGGCGCCAUGACGGUGUCCGAUGCCAUUCUUUCCUAUGCUAUGUCCAACUGUGGCUGGGCCCAGGAGGAGAGGCAGAGCACCUCCCACUUGGCUAAAGGAGACCAGCUCAACAGUUGCUGCUUUCUUCCAAGAUCAGGGCGCAGGAGCUCCCCUUCGCCGCCUCUCAGUGAGGAGAAGGAGCAGUUAGAGACGUGGGCUCCAGUGAUGGACUCUGAGGGCCCAUCCUCAGAAAGCCCCACGCUGCUGCCCAGCUCCUCCUUGCCUGCCUGCUGGGAUCCUGCAAGACCGGAGGAGGGACUCUCUGUGUCCCAGCCUGCGAGAAGGGCCGUGGCAGCGGACCAGGCUGGGCCGAUGGAGCCCACUCAGCUAGACACAGCGUGGGACAAGUGAGCAGUGGCUGAUCUCUCUGUUCUCCUGUGUGGUGGAGAAGAUGCAGCCCAAGGUCACAUACAGGAGGGAUUGGGGACAAGGCAGGUGUAGGGCAGGUCAGGCCGUUGAACAUCUUCCACUCAAAUCUGCUCAGGUUUGUUAUGCAGCGAUUGUGGCUGUCCGCUGUAUCUCCUCUGUGGGAGUAAACGCCACACUGUGUUUGUGAGUUCAGCACAGGGCCCAGAAGCUGCUGGUUUUAAAUAUUUACUUUCCCAGGAGGUGGGUUUCUUCAGGUGUUUGUUUAAAGAGGGCUGUCACAGGUGAAUGGUUUGGGGAACCCUUCUUGGCAGAGUUUUAGCUGCCUUACUGAACAUUGUCCCAACAGAAAGUUCCUAUCGUUCUCCUUCCUUCUUGGCAGGCUUCAGGUUUUGCUGCAGCCCCUGGAGCCAACAUUUUGGUUGUGGGAGGCUGACCUCUUGCCUGCCUCCUUGUGUGGACAGAGUGGUGAAGACGUAUUCCUCACCUCCUUGCCUUUCAGUAAAUGGCCACGAUGUGACUAUUUGUUGAGGUUUCCAGCCUCUUCCAAGACCUUGCCAGGCUGAGUGGGGCCUGAGAGCUUGCAGGCACUUAAAGCUUCCUGGCAAAGGGGCCGGCCACAGGCAGAGGGAAAGGAACAGGUCAGAGGCGUUGCUCUGGCAGAGGCGGCUCGGGCUGCCCAUCGUGUUUCUGCGGGGUUGAGGUGGGCUCCCUUCUUUGUAGAUGCCUUUCCUCUCGUAAUAACAACUCCUUGCCCCCAGGGCUCUGGCUGCCAGGGCCUACUGCUGCUUUCCUGGGAAGCCGCAAGUUCAGUCAGUGGGGCACACAGGCUUUGUUUCAGCCUGGAAGUGAGGGCUCUGGAGAUGGAGAUAGGAGCCAUAAGCUCUCCUUCAGACGGUGAGGCGGCUCCUGCCUCCUGCUACUGAAAUCUGCAGACAGCAGGGGCGGCUGCCUGGGGGGCUGGGCAGGCUGGGUGCCGGGCCCACCUUGGUGCUGCCGCGCUGCUCUUAGGUUUGUGUGUGUUUCUCUCCUGGCCAUCCACCCCGGCUGUGGGUCCACCCCAGCCGAGGGACUCCUGGCCUGCAUUGCGGGAUUGUCAGUGGCAUUUAGUUGAGAGUUGAGGGGCUUUGGCCUGAAAUAAACUGCAAGUAUUUAAGACUGUUGUUGCAAUUUGUGUCUAACAAGCUGUAGCAGGGUAGGAGGGAGUGAGAGCUGGCAGGAGUUACUUUCAUAAAUCAUGAAUUUAUCAGCGUGGAAAUAACGCCAUAGAACUGUGCGCUGGAGCUCUCUUGCAUUGUGUGUGAGACUCAAGUUCACCACCGCAGGAGGGACGGUUUUCCAGAGAGCUAGGAUGUGGCUCUUCUCACAGAGCUGGGCAUGAACCUUGUUAGGUAUAAUUUACCUGAUGCUGCUUCCGUCUUCGAAGCCUGUCUGAGGUGCCAGGUGCUAAAAGAGAAAUAAAGUUUGUUAACAGGCAGAUGCAAA